AGAAUCAGGUCCGUCUCCAACUCACUAGUACUCAGCCGCCGCAAUCAGGGGGGCAGGUAGCUCGAGCGCGCGCUCCACCUGCGCCGACGCGAUGCGGGCCAAGUGGAAGAAGAAGAGGAUGCGGAGGCUCAAGAGGAAGCGCCGGAAAAUGAGGCAGAGAUCUAAGUAGGCGCAUCUUGUGACCGAGGAUGGCGAGCUUCUCCUGCACCAUGGCUGUGACGCGUUGGGAUGAUUGUCUCCCUUUGUAGACGUGCUUUGCUGUAGACGUAGGCGAUGUAAACCGUCCUUUUUGAUUAAUUCUAGUAUGUUCUGAGACUGGGUUUAUAUUGUAAUUUGAGGAUAAUUAUAUGAUGCUCUAAGUUUAUUGAUAUUCCUGUCACUCGAAUAUGUUAGAUGUC